CAGCUCCGGCCGGCCUCAGGCAGUAUUUCUAUGCCAUUAUCAAGUCAAAAUCAAGAGGAGCAAUACAUCAGUCUCGGAAACAAUAGCACCAGAAGAGGCGCAAGCUUCCGAAACCCCCUCAGCCUCGGUCUCACGUUGGAGCUGCUCCGCCGCCAAGUACCACAUUCGCGCUCAAUUGAGGCAGUUUCACCAGCCUAUACCCGAUUGAGCCACGUCCAUCCAGAGCACCUUGUUGUCGACGACCAGUCUGCCUGACAAAGGGACGUGCAUUCUCAGUGUGCCGAUUGCGUGAGAGGCAGACACAAUGCGGGGCACGUUUCCGUUGACGCUGUCAAGUCUUCUUCUCUCCUUGUCCUCCCUUUCUCCAGUUCUUGCGUCCGAACAACAACCAUUUGACUUUGGCGCCAUGUCUGCUCCUCAGUACACGCUUCCCCCGCUACCCUAUGCAUACAAUGCGUUGGAGCCGCACAUUUCGGCCCAGAUCAUGGAGCUGCACCACAGCAAGCACCACCAGACAUACAUUACCAACCUGAACGGCCUACUCAAGACACAGGCGGAAGCCGUGUCCACGCUUGACAUUACAUCACAGGUGUCGAUCCAGCAGGGCAUCAAGUUCAACGCUGGCGGUCACAUCAACCACUCCCUCUUCUGGCAGAACCUCGCUCCAGCCAGCUCCCCAGCAGCCAAGAGCUCUGCUGCGCCCGAGCUCCUCAAGCAGAUCAAGGCCACGUGGGGCGACGAAGACAAGUUCAAGGAAGCCUUCAACGCGGCCCUUCUGGGCAUCCAGGGCAGCGGCUGGGGCUGGCUCGUCAAGACCGAGGUUGGUAAGGAGCAGCGACUCUCGAUUGUGACCACCAAGGACCAGGAUCCCAUUGUCGCCAAGGGCGAGACUCCCAUCUUCGGCGUCGACAUGUGGGAGCACGCGUACUACCUCCAGUACCAGAACGGCAAGGCGGCAUACGUUCAAAACAUCUGGAAUGUCAUCAACUGGAAGACGGCUGAGGAGCGAUACCUUGGCUCUCGCGCCGAUGCGUUUAGCGUCCUCAAGGCGUCCAUGUAAUGAUGAAGUUGGAUUAGGAGUAGGAGAUUCUAGCAAUUAUCAACGAUGAAGAUGCGGCAUGGAAGACGAGCUCCUGACUUGUUGAAAUGUGACUUGGUGUUUGUGCAUGAUGUGUAUGACGCGCCUUGGAGCACCGUGGUGGAUGACGGCUCGGCCAAAUGAGCAUUCGGGUACUCCCGAAACUUGCUCAAAGACACUCAUAUACUCUCGGCUGAUCAAACAGCAGACGCGCAAGCUUCGAAUCUUGCCAAUUACUGCAGUCGGAUAUUUAUUUAUCACUUGC